AUGACAGUAUCAGCGCUGACGCAUAAUCCCACCACUUGACUCACAGACUGUGGUCAUUUCCUACGUCCUGACGCCUCGCAGAUGGAACGCGACCAAGACACCGCAAACCUCCACUUCUGAAUGGAAGCUCGGAUUUUUUUCCCCUGACUUUCUUUGACUCUCACUGAGCAAGGGGGAAGGGGGGUUGCCUUUCAACCGUGAUCCAGGAUCUACAGAAAACCACAGACCACACAAGAGAGACGUAAUUUCAAGGAGUCAGAGAGAGAUUCAGGGAAGAUUCAGGGGUCACAUGAACGAACAGAAGCCUCAUCGAGGACGUCAUUUUAAAGUUGACAUCACAACAGUGACAAAAUGCUCUAAGAAAUCUACUUGAAAGAGAGAAAAGACCAUCAUUUUCAGACAAAGCACAUUUCUCCACUCAAACAGACAGACAGUGACAGUGUCAUGGAUAUUUUUGGAGGUGCUCCUCGUGUUCUGGGCUACCCUCGACCUGUGCUGGCACAGUGUGGCACAGACGCCACAUUGCGGUGCCAGAUCGGAGGCGACCCUCGACCUGACGUGAUCUGGGAGCGUAAGAAUGUUCAGAUCGUGUCUGAGGGGCGAUACAGGCUGUCAGAGGAAGGCAAAGCGUAUCUGCUGACCAUUACUGACGUCACGCCGCAGGACGCCGGUCAGUACAUGUGCAAGGCUCGGAACAGUGUGGGUGAGACGUACGCGGCGGCCUCGCUCAAAGUGGACGGAGAGGCACGGCCGCAGGAAGUGGGGCAACAAGUGAGAGAAAAUGGACAAAUGAACGGCUACUGCAAACAGCAAAACAGUAACUGUAGUAGAGAAAAUGUAGGAGAGGUAAUCGUAGAAGACAAAUGGAAAGGAAAGUUGAGUGAAAAAAGAGAAGAAACAAGUAUAAUAUCUGAUGAUAAGCCGCGGUUCCUCAUCAAGCCGCUCUCUCUGCGCGUGGACCGAGGGGAAGACGCCGCGUUCUCUUGCAAGAUCUGGGGUCACCCGCUACCCGAGGUGGUGUGGGAGAAAGACGGGAAGAAACUGAACAACAUCUUUGAGAGUUCGCACUUCAGCGUGAGCUGUCAAGACGGCGGCUGGUUCCAGCUCAAGAUCUAUAGGACACGCAUGCCUGACAAAGGCGUCUACACCUGCAAGGCCGUCAGCUGCCACGGCGAGGCCUUGGCUGGCGCCGUCCUGCUGGUGGAGCCUGUUCCAGAGCGAGAGGACAAGAGAAAGUCCUCCAGUGGUCACAACAACAGCCAGUGGUCACCGAAACACAGAGGCGUUCGCGCGUUGAGGGUCAAAGACGACACGUCCGUCAACUCGUCCGCGGUGAAGAAGUUUGCAGUGGCAGAAGGGAAGCACGCCAAGUUCCGCUGCUUUGUCACGGGGAAGCCGAAACCUGAGAUCAUCUGGAAGAGAAACGGGGUUCCCCUGGAGGCCGGGAGGCGUCACCUAAUCUUUGAGGACAGGGAGGGCUACUACACACUCAAGGUCCUGUACUGCAAAGAGAAUGAUACAGGACUGUAUGUUUGCGCGGCUUCAAACACUCUGGGAAACACACUCAGUGCCGUUCACCUGUCCGUCAAAGGUCCAGCUGUUCGGUUCAGGCGUUCAUUAAAAGACGUGGAAGUGAGGGAGCACGAUGUGGCGGUACUGGAGUGCGAGGUGCCCGAUGACUCGAUUCCUGCCGCCUGGUACCUGGAAGACCAGAGGCUGAUGCCCAGCAGUAAAUAUGGGAUGGAGCAGAAAGGAACCAGACGGAGACUCACCAUCCGCGACGUCGAGACAGACGAUGACGGAGUGUAUCUGUGCGAGAUGCCAGACGGCGGGAAGAGUAUCGCGGAGCUUUCAGUUAAAGGUACAAUCAUUCGCAAACUUCCUCGGAAGCUGGAGGUCCUGGAGGGCGAGAAUGCGGUGUUCUGUGUGGAGGUGGAGGAAGACGACAUGGACGUCUACUGGUUCAAAGACGGUCUGAAGCUCCUGGAGACACACCAGACUAUCCUCAAGUCUUUCGGCAAAACUCACAUACUGGUCUUUGUCAACGUGGUCCAUCAGGACUCGGGUGUUGUGACCUUUGUCGCGGGGAGGUCCAAGACCUCGUCACGUCUCAAGGUCAAAGCGUCGAGACAUUGUCCCCCCAUCUGUCCCGUUGGUGUGAAGAUGGAUGCCGACCGACCCAACAGCGCCCUCCUCACCUGGGUUCCUGCCCCGAACAGCCAGACGUCCACCCGCUCCAUGUUUGUGCUGGAGAGACAGGAAGUGGGCUCGCAGGAGUGGCAGAAGUGUCUGACGUCAGAGAGCGCCACCUCGGCUGAGGUGUCCGGUGACAGCGUGCCGUGUGAAGGCGACUACCGCUUCAGAGUGUGUUGCAUCAACAAGUACGGACGGAGUGGUCACGUGGAGUUUCCUAAAGCAGUCCAUCUGGUUCCCGGCCCCAAAAUUCGCACUCACCUCCAAAGCUGUGAGGUCAUGGAGGGAGAAGAUGCUGGCUUCUCCAUUGAGCUGUCGGCCUCCAUGGUCGGGACCUGGUUUCUGAACAGCGCUCAGCUGCAGCACGGCGGGCGAUACUCGAUACAACAAUGUCAAACACAGCACUCGCUGCUCAUACGGGACGCUCGCACCACAGAGGACACGGCGGAGGUCACGUUCAUCGCCAACGGAGUCCGAGAUUCAGCUGUGCUCAAAGUUAAACCUGCUGUUUUGAAGUUCAGCCCUCUGUCAGAGGCAGACACAGAGAAGAAGGUGGAGACGGGCGAUGCCAUCGUCCUCUACUGUGAAGUCUCACAUCCCUUCGCUAAAGUGACCUGGUACAAAGACGGCGAGGAGCUGCAGGCUACCGACGGCCUCAACAUCCAAUCAGACGGAAACAUGAGGAGGAUCGUGAUCCAGUUGGCUGAUGCGUGUCACUCUGGCGUUUACACGUGUGAAACCUUAGAGGAUGUCGUCAAAUUCAACGUGGAUGUUGCAGGUCCUCCAGUGAAGUUCAGUCCAGUCCAUGAAGACGAGCUCCACAAAAGCAGCAUGGAGUUGGACCCUGUGGUGCUGCUCUGCCACGUCUCCAGAGACGACGCUGAAGUCACUUGGUAUAAAGACGGUUCUGAGAUCCAGCCCAGUGACAACAUCACUGUGCAGACAGAGGGAACAGUGAGGAGACUCAUCAUUCGCUCUGCAGACACGUCAGACGCUGGCAGCUACACCUGCUGCGCAGGAAACAACAGCGUGGACUUCACCGUCAACGUCCGUGAGCCUCCGGUGAUGAUUGUGGAGCCUCAGGACGACGUCGUGAUGGAGAGGUACAUCUCAGAGGAGAUACAUUUGCAGUGUGAACUGUCCCGCUCCACUGGGAAGGUGCAGUGGUACAAAGAUGGUCAGGAGGUGGAAGAGAGCGACAACAACAUCCGGUUGUUUUCUGAAGGUCCUUACAGGAGGCUGAACAUCCUCUGUGGAUCAGUGGAGGACAGUGGAGAGUACGUUUGCAAAACAGAUGGAGAUUCCGUGUUCUUCCAGCUCACUGUCACAGAGGCACCAGUUCGGAUUGUUUCCCCAAGUGAAUCAGAGGUGGAACUGAACCAUUUGUCCUCAGAGCGGCUGGUGCUCAGCUGUGAGAUCUCUCAGCCUGACGCUCCAGUUCUGUGGUACAAAGACGGCCUCGAGGUGGAAGAGGGCGCCAAUUUAACCCUCGAGGUGGAGGGAGCCCAACGCCGAUUAGUUAUACCGGUGUCCACUGUGGACGACACAGGAGAGUACAUAUGUGACACUGAGGACGACUCUGUGGCGUUCCUGGUGACAGUUACAGAGCCACCGGUGGCACUAUCGCGUCCCAAAGACACGCCUGACAAACUGCAGAGUGUCGCUGGACAACCAAUCGUAAUGGAGAUCCAAGUGUCUCGGCCGAGCGCACAAGUCAAGUGGAGGCUGAGCGGCGAAGAAAUCGAGGCAAGCAGUAACGUCACCAUCACAGAGGACGGACUCACCCGUCGACUGACCAUCCACGAUCCUGCCCCAAAGGACUCUGGACAAUACACCUGUGAUGCUGAUGAUGAUAGAGUUGAUUUCCAGGUGAAAGUUUUAGAGCCUCCAGUGAAGAUCUUGAGAAAGUCAGAGAUCAAGACAAAUCUCAAAUCCCUCAUUUCUGACGACAUCGUGCUGGAGUGUGAACUCUCCAGAGCCCACGCUGUUGCAAAGUGGUACAGAGACGGUCGCCGCAUCGAGGGCGACGAGAGGUUCUGUGAAGAAGAGGAAGGAGCUUUCCGUUCACUGGUUAUUCUGAGCGCUGAACAUGGAGACUCAGGAGAAUAUUUCCUGGAUGUAGGAGAUGACAGCAUUAGCUUCCAGGUUACAGUAGAAGAGCCUCCAGUGACCAUUGUGGGAAAUUCAAAUGACCCUGACCAGCAGGAGAUGGUGGCAGGCGACGACCUCAUCCUGGCCUGUGAGGUGUCGCGUGCCAACGCGCCUGUCCAGUGGUACUGCAACAACACACCGCUCACCAGCGACGCCCGCACCUACAUCGAGAGCUACGGCACACUGAGGAAAAUCAUCAUCUCAAAUGUCCGGCCCUCAGAUUCUGGGAAGUACGUGUGUGACGCUGUGGACGAUAAGAUGAUCAGUGUUAUCAGGAUUCAAGAGCCUCCGGUGACGUUUGUGAACAAGGAGGAUGACAUCGUAGUGACGGGUUAUGAAGCAGAGAGUGUGACCAUGACGAGUUACGUGUCCAAGGACGGCGCUCAGGUGCGUUGGCUGAAAGACUGGACGCCCGUUGAAGGGGAGCGCUUCAGGGCUCUUGUUGACGGUCACAAACGCACACUCACCAUCGACCCUUUACGGCGCUCUGACGCUGGAGAGUACACCUGUGAUGUCAACACAGACCAGAUACACUUCAGCCUCCUCGUAAAAGAAAUGAGAAUCAGGUUUGUGAAGCCGCUCCAGGACACUGUGGCCCACGCCGACGGCAUGGUGACCCUUCGCUGUGAAGUGUGUAAGCCAAAGGCAGACGUGCAGUGGCUGAAGAACGGCGAGGAGAUGAUUCCGAGCAGGAGGUUCUCCAUUCGCGCGGACGGAGUGGAGCGAAGCCUGACUAUCCACCGACUGAGCAGAGAGGACGCUGGGGAAUACACGUGUGAGUCCAGAGAUGACCGCACUGUGGCGACACUGAGAGUAGAGAUGCCUCGAGUGGUAGAGUUCCUCACUGAGCUCUACAACGCCAACGUGCUGGAAGGAGAAGACGCCACGUUCAAGUGUGUGGUGUCACCUGAGGACGUGCAGCUGGUCUGGCUCAUGGACAACGAGGCGAUCGUUCUGGGCGAUCGUUUUCAGGCGACACAGAACGGGCUUUGCCACAUGUUGGUGAUUAAGAAGUGCCAGUUGUUGGACAAUUCCAGGAUUUCAGCAGAGGUGGAGGGGACAGUGAGCAAAGCCAGCCUCAAAGUUCAGGAGGCUCAGGUCAUGUUCACAAGGAAAACGGACGCCGUCAUGGCAGAGGAGUUCUGCGACGCCACCCUGGAAACAGAGAUCAGUCUGGAGAGUGGCGAGGUCCAGUGGAUGAGGCAGGGUGUGGUCAUCCAGCCAGGUCCUCGACAUACGCUGGCACAGAACGGCCGUAAACGCAGUCUGACCAUCCACAGCCUGACUCUGUCUGACCGGGGAACCUACCGCUGUGAGACUCUGCACGACCGCACACAGGUCAAGCUCAAUGUUGAACCUCGUAAAAUCUCAAUUCGCAAAGGCCUAACUGACCAAGAAACCUUUGAGCGGGAGACAGCUUCCUUCGAGGUGGAGCUCUCCCACGCAGACGUGGAGGGGAUUUGGCAAAAGGACGGCAUUCGCGUGAAACCAAACAACCGGUGGCGGGUAAGCACCAAUGGUCAAGUCCACGGCCUCACGCUGUCUGGCCUCACACUGGAGGACACAGGAACCAUCAUCUUCUCUGCUGAAGGGGCCCGCAACACUGCCAGGCUCACAGUAAAAGAGACACCAGUGUCUGUGGUAAAAGUUUUGGCUGACGUGCGUGUGGAGGAGGAACUUCCUGCCACUCUGGAGUGUGAAUUGUCACGGCCAAACGUUGAUGUCACGUGGCUAAAGAACGGCACCGAGCUGAAGCCAGGGAAGAACUGCCGCAUCUACUCCAUGGGUCGGAAGCGGUUCUGUCAGAUCAUGCAGUGUUCCCGUGGCGACUCUGGCACCUACACAUGUGACACGGGGGAAGUCAGCACUUCCUGUUCACUGGAGGUUUACGAGCAUGCAUUAAAGAUCGUUCAGGAUAUGGAGGAUCUUUACAUCCAGGAGGACCAGAACGCCGUCUUCAUGUGCGAGGUGUCCCUGGACGACGUGACAGCAGAGUGGUACAAGGACGGUCACAGGAUCCGACCCAGCAGCACCAUCAAGAUCCGCACUGAAGGGACCAAACACUUCCUGCUGAUGUGUAAUGUUAAAGCUGAGGACGCUGGAGAAAUACACUUUGUGGCUAGAGACGUUGAGUCUACAGCUUACCUCGAAGUGGAAGAGCUUCCGGUGUCCAUCGUCAAACCUCUGCGAGACCGAACGGCACUGGAGAAACACCGCGUGAUCCUGGAGUGCACCGUGUCGUCGCCUCGCUGCGACGUCACCUGGUACAAAGACGGGGAGGAGCUGGCUCCUUCGGAGCGUGUGGACAUGCUGGUGGACGACUGCUUGCAUAAGCUGGUGAUCCAGCAGGUGGCGGUAGAGGACGAGGGCAGCUACAGUAUCGAGGUUGGGGAGCACACGUGCCAGGCCAAGCUGAUGGUGGAAGCCCAGGCACUCGUGAUGGUCAAAGAGCUGGAAGACGUGGAGGUGAGCGAGCAUGAGUCAGCAUGUUUCCAGUGCGAGGUGUCUCUGGAGCUAGAGAAACCUCCCGUCUGGACUUUGAAUGGAGAGACUCUUCGCUCGGGUCCAUGUGUGCGGCUGGAGAGCCGCAGGGCGACUCACAAGCUCACGCUGAGGAACACGAGCGCAGACAUGAGCGGCACGGUCAGGUUCACCAUGGGCAAGGCCAAGAGCAGCGCAGCGCUCAGCGUUCUGCCAGAGUAGAGGAACAAGAAGAAGAAGAGAGAAGACAGGAAGUGACUCUGAGGACGAAAAUGAAGAAAGUGACUGGAAAAAAAUGGAAUUGAAUGUCUCUUUGAACUUUUUUUUCCUGUGAUUGGUUGAGUUACUUUAUAAAUUGAAUUCAAAGUAUGUAUUUUAAACCUGAGGGAUACUGAAUUUCUUGAGUCAAAUUUUUCCCAUUUUUUACAUUACAGAUAAUAUUUAUUUUCCAAGUUGGAUUUGCGUCACAAUAUUCUAAUAAAAAGCCCCAACAUUUUAAUUAAAUAUACAGGCAAGUCAAAUAUUGAAAAAAUUGUGAUCAAUUCCAUUAGCACACAUGUCCACAUGUUUCCCGUGUAUUUCAUGUUUUAAAAAAACGUUUCUUUUGCCACUUAUGCUACAAUAAUUUUAUAUUUUGUUAUUUCAAUCAUUAAACACAUACAUUUAAGAGUAUGAAAUGAGUAAGAAAAAGUGCUAAAUGAUGACAUGAAACGAAGAAACAUGUUCUUUAUAUUAAAGUGUUUUACGGGUGAUAUAAAAAUAAAAUGUGUUUAAAAAC